UUAAAAAUAAUAUGCAUAUUCAAUUUAUUAUAGAUAAGAUCUCAGAGUAUUAAUUAUUUUUUAUUAAAAAGUUAAAAUGGACUAAUAAAGAGGGAUAUGUAUUUAUUUUAGGUGUAUAAAACUCAGGUAAAUUAUUGAAAUUAGUAUUAAAUAGAAUUUUUUUUAUGAAAAUCCAAAUUAGAACAUUUAAGUGUGUGAUAUUUGUAUCAUAAUAAAAUAUCCAUUUGAACCAAUGUAUAAAAAAAACCCACUGAAACAAUAUGGAAAAUUGAAAUUGUGUGUUUAUUUAUAAUGAUUAUUCAUAAAAACCAUUAAAUAAAAUAAAAAAACUUGAAAACCAGGAAGGAACAUAGAUUUAUCACCUUUACUAUUAUAAAUACCUAAAUAUUUGGAGGUGUAUUCAACAAAAAGAAAAUAUUUGUUCACAUUCAUAUUGAUAUGAAUUUCUUUUUCAAACUCGUCACAUUCAUAUUCAUAUUCAUAGUUUCUCUGGUUCAAUCUAUAGAAAGUGUCAGAAAUGUGAAAUCAUUUAAGCUAAACGAGAAGAUUAUAUAUGAUUGUGUGGAUAUAUAUAAACAACCGUCAUUAAGCCAUCCACUACUCAAAAACCAUAAAAUUCAGAUGGAACCAUCUUUUUCAAGCUGGAAACUAAAAAAGCAAAUAAAAAGUAAAAUUGAAAAUAGAAUAAGCAUCAACUGUCCAAAUGGAACAGUACCUAUACUGAAAAAUACAAAAGAAUAUGUCGCAAAUGCUAAGUAUUGGGCUGAGAAACACUUCAACCCACUCACAGAAGAUAGUCCAGGAACACAUAUUGCUGGAGUUAGAUCACAAGAUGAAGGUCCUUACCAUGGUUUAGCAGCUUGGAUGAGUGUGCAUGAUUUGAAUAUUAGUAGGGACCAAGCUUCAUAUGCUAAUAUAUAUGUUGGCAGUGGAUACAACAAGAAAACUAAUUUUAUCCAAACCGGUUGGAUGGUAAAUCCAAGUUUAUUUGAUGAUGGACGCACCUGGAGUUACGGGUUUUGGAAGGGUGCCAAUGGAGCAGGAUGUUAUAAUACAAUAUGUCCUGGUUUUAUUCAAGUGUCAACAACUGAUCCGUUAUCUGUUCCUUUUCCUUAUCCCCGGAAAGGAGAUAGGGCUGUUAACCCUAGUAUUUCACAGGAUUAUGCAACCGGACAUUGGUGGACAAUACUCAUAAGAGCCAAUAAAAAGGAUAUAAAUAUUGGUUAUUGGCCAAAAGAAUUAUUCGAUAUUAUAGGUCGUAGUGUGGAUAUGGUUGGAGUCACGGGAGUAGUCCAAACUUCCACUUCUGGUAUUAGUCCACCAAUGGGCAAUGGUCAUCUGCCAACUCAAAAGGAAGAUGAAUCCGCACGUGUUAAAAACCUCCUCAUUGUAGACACUAAAUAUAAUUUCAUGGCUAGUCGCAAAUAUAAGCUAGAGAAGCUAUUAGACAACAACAAAUGUUAUGGAUUAAAAGAUGGAAAGAAACGAAUUUUCUUCAAAGAAUCUAAUUUGUUCACAUAUGGCGGACCUGGAGGAGAUUCUUGUGGAAUAUAAGCUUAUAGAACAGUGUUUUGGCUUUUUAAUAAAUAAUUGAGAUUUUAUGUUCAUGUUUAAGUAUUAAAAUUUUAUUAUAUCUAUUUGAUCUAUUAUUAAUGCGGUGUUUUAAAAGUUUAUAAAGAUUUUAUUUCAUUAGUUAGGGGGCGGAUCUUUGCAUCAUGUGCAUAUUUCUAUGUUAUCAAAUCAAAAUAAUUUAUGAAAUAUGUAGUUUAACGUAGUUUUUUUUAUCAAAAAUGUAGUUUAAUAUGAAAAAAAUCUUAUCAAAAUAAACAAUGCUAUACUUGACGGUCCAUACUUGACAAGGAUGCAUAAAUCAGAACCGGUCAUGAUGUGAAACCAAUAAAACAUGAGAUUUGGGCCAGAGAAGAGUUUAAAAAAGAAGAGUUAAUUCUUGUAAGGACCAAUAGUUACUGAAAAUAUUACCUAGUUCUACUGGUAACAUAUGCAUUUGGUAAUGAGCUAUGGAAGAAAUCUGCUCUCUGUCCUAACUCAUGCACGUGAUGGUUUAUCAAGUGAAAGGCAUUAAUACUCUUCGACUCGGAUUUUCUUGGUGAGAUCAUUCUGUAGUUGGAUUGUGAUAACUUUAACGACAAGGAAUCUUUGUGUCUUUAAUUAAGUUAAUUUAAUUCCACAACCUCUUAAUUAAGAGCUCUUGGUGACACCCAUUUUAAAAAUAUGUAAAUUUUUAGGGAAAAUGACCAUGGAGGAACCAAUUUGGUCGACUUCAUAACGCUAUAUGUUUAGUCUCAUAACGUCGUUGUAAUUAGGUCACGGCGGGAGUAAUGGUUUACUUGGCUACGUUCCUUCUCUCAAAAGUCAGAAGUCAACUUCUCCAAAUUAAAAAAAAAAAUUAAGAUCCCAAAAUCCAUUACUUUGUCAAUAUACACCAAAGAACAAUAAUUCAAGUGAAGAAGCCUACUCUGAGGCAGAAUUUCUUCACUUAUGAACUUAUUUAUUGUUGUAUUUUUGAAUUUAUGGAUGAAUUUUAAUUUUAUGAAUUUGUAUAUAUAAUUGUAGGCUUAUAAAUUAAAAUUUAAAAUUUCUUAUAUGGUCAUUAUGGACUCCAUGGCAGCCCAUGAAAAUAUGGGUGUUAGUGGGUAUGGUCCUUAAUGGAUAUGGUUCUUAAUAGACAUGGUCACUUUAUGUACGCAAACAAUAAAUGGACAAAUGGAUAUGGACUAAUGUAUAUGGACUAAUGGACAUGGACUCGUCCGGUUUGCAGCUCUAGGCAGAAAUAAGAAACACAGUGCCAAGUAGAUAGAGAAUGGGUUUCUCACUUAUUUACAUACACAACCUUAAGAAUAAUCAAAACCAAUACGACCAUCCAUUGGAAACAAAAGAAAAACAAAUCCCUCUAAUUAUAAUCUACCAUCAAAUAAACUUGUUUUCUUUACUUUCUUUGUCCCAUGACAGAGUUCCUUCUCUAUUGUAUCCCUAAUUCUAUUCACCUAUAGAGUAAUAGAAUUACAACAAGAGAAAGAAAAAAAGCAAACUGGGACAAAG